AUGAUUAAAUUUAAAAAUAUUUGAAAUAUUAUUCAUAAUAACAAAACGCAACUUAAUAGUUGAGUUGGGAGUGCAAACGUGGCUGUGAAAACGUAUUAAAGUAGUAGAAGUAAAACGCAAGUGAGGAAAAUGUGAACACGAGUCCAUAUACCAAAAAACCAUAUAUCGGUAUGAUGUGAUCAAAGUGUCAAUGUGAGUGUGCGCCAUAAAGUGAGCGCAUGCAAAUGAAGGUUAAGAGAAUAGUUGGAACAAUUCAAUGGAAAAAAUAUAUGUAAUAUACACAAAUUAAAGAAAGGUUGGAAGAAUUUCAAUAACAAAACGGAUCCGCUAAGUUUCAGAAAUUGAGUACAACUUUAAAAAAUUAAUGGAUAAAAUAAUUUCCAAUACGCAUUAGGAGGCCACUACUUUGGAUAUACCACGCAUGACCUAAUAAGCCAAAUCAGCGGCGAGAUAAAAUACCAAAUACCCUUUUUAGAAACUUAUACAAUAGGCCCAUAGAACUCUAAAAAACUCUCUAAACUAAUAAAAAGUUUUAGAUAAUAUAGAAAAACCAAAAGCACGAAAUAACACAGCUACCUGCGAAAGCAUUUAUUGCGUAUCGCACACGUUGUCGCCGCAAUUCAAUUCAUCUCUGAACCCAGUAGCAGUGGAAUAGCAGAAGGUAGAAACUAUUUAAAACAGAUACAAAACAAAAAUAGAAAAACCAAAAACUAAAACAAAUACAAAAAUUAAAACAAAAGCAAAAGCGAAAAUACAAGUGAAAUCAAAACAGUCACCGGCAACAACAAAUUUACGUACACUAAAAUUCCAGCUAUGGCCGAUAACGGCGAACAACAUAACUCACAGCAGGCAUCACCAACCACAAACGUCGCAUCCGUCUCUCAUCCCCUAGAGGAUGUUGCAUUGGAUGUGAUGGACGAUGCCGCAGCUGGCAAAAAGAACUGGGUUAAAUUCGAAGACGAUGAGGCGGGCAAUAAAAAUGCCAGCAGCAACAAUAAUAGCAAUCACAGUGCUAGCUAUGAUGGCGAAGGAAGUGCCACUCGCAAUAGCCCUAUUAACGUCUCAAGCAGUGGACGAGACACGCUGGCAGCAGACCCAGUGUCAAAGCCAACUCCGGCAAACCGGUUAUCCCCCUCAAUGCUGCUGCCAGCGCCACCCAGCAGAAAACAAACAUCUGUCGCCACUGCGACAAUACCCAUAACAACACCAACAACAGCGGCAAUAGCGCGACCGCGUUCACCGCUCAGCGGUUCGGAGAGCGGAAGCGGCGCCGAAGCGAUCGUAGCACCAGCACCUGUUCAGCGCGCAACAAAAACGGUUACUGUGGCUUCACCUCCUCCGUCUAUGCCGGAUGUAGCGCCCGCUGUUUUAAACACCGAGAGUACGCAUGUCAAUUUGAAUGCAUCCGGUAGCGCGCAACACAAGCUACCACACCAUACCCACACACCCACACAGCCACAGCCAACAGGCCAGCAGCUGCAACAAUAUCACCAAAAGGCUAAAUUGUCACCAUCGAAUGUUGCUGGCGCGGCGAGUGGCAGCCAUUUACAGCAGCAGCAGCAGCAACAACAACAACAACAUUAUCAAAAUAACAAUGGCACUUCACCGUCGAAUGGUAGUAGUAACAAAGUGGCAACAACAGCAACAACCAUGGCAAACACAUCGAGUGUAUCAAUACCGGUGGAAACGGUGCCACAAAUGCGUACCAUUGAAUUGUCGACGGGUCGCAUACGUGAAGGUUUCGCAAAUGGCGAUGUCAUAGUCACUUUAUUGCCCGCCAACACUAAAUGGCCAUGGAUUACACCAGCUCUCUUCCGACCAGAGCUCGUACCCGAAGAGCUGAUGGCGCAAGGCCUAACUCUUACCGUCGAAGAGUACGUGCACGCCAUGGAGACUAUGGUGAACGAUUACCGUUUCACUUUCUACAACAUCUGUUACAAACGCAUUCUCGUUUGUUGGAUUGCGCUCGCCUUUACAGUGCUACUGACGCUACUCUUCUCUGGGCUGCAGGGCGUCGCGCUUUUCUCACUCGGCGUCGGCUGGCUUUUUCUCAAUGCGGCCGCCAUAUUCCUUUGUAUGUGGGUGAAAUUGCGUUUAUCGCGUGGCUUAGAGAAAUGUUUGGGACGCGUCAAUCGUCAACUAAUGAAGCAUAAAAUUCUGCUCGUGCUGGACGAUCGUGGACGCAUUUCCUGUCACAAAGUAAAUUUGUGCUUUUUGUACUUCGAUGCGACUCAAUGCGUGAAUUUCUUGAAUGAAUUUCUGGAACACACCGAACAAAAUGGCGGUGAGGCAAUUAAGGCGGGCUGGGAACGUAAAUUAGACAUCGAUGUGAACGAUAUCGUAAUACAGGGCAGUAAUCCGGUGCGCUUGUCGCGUAAGCAGGUUGUAGCACAGGAGCUGUUUCUCAGCUAUUUGCAGCGUUGGGGCAAGGACUUUCUGCGGCGUCGCUUGGACUGGACUGUGCAGGAGGCGGGCGUGCACGAAACUCCACGGCAUUUGCAAUCAUCCAUAUGCCCCUGUCAGUAUGAGGAGGAGCUGUUGCGCAAUAAAAUCAAAAUACAAUUGAAAAGUCGGCAAUGUUGUGGCGUUAAUUGUAUUGGUUGUUGGCUUUAAGCUGUACAGUGGGAAGAAAGCGACAAACUUUGAAUAUUGUAAAAUUUACCUAAAAUGUGUUAAUAUGCAUAUUUUACAUCAGACAUAUGUACACAAUGUACCUUAAUAUGAAAUAUGAUUAGUUAUGUAUAUAUUUGCAUUAAUUGUUUUCUGUAAAAUUUAUUGUACAAUGUUAAAAUGAGUAAUAGUUGUAGGCUUAUACAAACUAUUCCGAUCGCAGCGUGAGAACUUAUUAAUACUUAUUUAAAUGUUUUGAAAAUGCAUCACAAAGCUUACAUUGUAAUGUUUCCUUAAUAAUAAAUAUUUUUUUUUAAGAUAAUCACUUCGCAUUAGUAUUUAGUACACCUUUUAAUUACCCGUAUACACAAAUAUAAAGGGUGGUUAAAUCUCAAGGGCCGUUGUGAAUAAAAUACAAUUUUUUAGCAAAUUAUUGUCAUUUCUCUUUAUUAUGAUAAUAUUGGUAUUCCGUGCGGAACAAAAUAUCGGCCAAAUGGCCGCCGCGGCCUUACGGCAGACCUCCAUCCGAUGGUCCAAAUUUUCGAUGACGCUGAGGCAUAAUUGAGGUUCUAUGCCGUUAAUGUGCCGAAUUAUCUCAUCCCUUAGCUCUUGAUUUGUUGCUGGCUUAUCAACGUACACCUUUGCUUUCAAAUAACCCCAAAGAAAGAAGUCCAACGGUGUCAAAUCACAUGAUCUUGGGGGCCAAUUGGCAUCGCUGCGACGUGAGAUUAUUCGGCCAUCAAAUUUUUCGCACAAAAGAGCCAUUGUUUCGUUAGCUGUGUGACAAGUGGCACCGUCCUGUUGAAACCACAUAUCGUCCACAUCCAUAUCUUCCAAUUCGGGCCAUAAAAAGUUCGUUAUCAUCUCACGAUAGCGAACACUAUUCACAGUAACUGCCUAACCGGCCUCAUUUUGGAAAAAAUACGGCCCAAUGAUGCCGCCGGCCCAUAAACCGCACCAAACAGUCAUUCUUUGUGGGUGCAUUCAUUCAUUCAAUCGGCAAUCACUCUUGGAUUAUCAUUCGGCCAAAUGCGGAAAUUCUGCUUAUUGACGAAUCCACUGAGGUGAAAAUGUGCUUCAUCACUGAAGAUGAUUUUCUUCAUGAAGUGCGCGAUAUGCAUUUUGAUUUGAACGCCCGUCUUCAUAAUAAGCUUGAAUAACUUUAAUGCGUUGCUCGAUUGUGUGUCUUACCAUGGUUCAAAUUGAGUUAGUCUGAAAUUCAAAAGCGUCGAAUGAAAUGUAGAAAAAAGCCUGACGUUUAGGUGUGGUUCACAUUCAAUAUCGGCCUUUGAAAUUUAACCACCCUUUAUACCAUAAAAUCUAUUUACCACACCUAUCACACCAUAUAACUUAAACUUAUACUGGUAUGAAUGCAUUUGUAGGAACAGUGGUGGGCAAUAGUCUGCAUACAACACCCAUUGUCGUUGUUUUUUUUAAUUUCGGGGUUUUAGUGCGGUGAACAGAAAGGCACGUUCUACACUUCAACUUUCAAUGCAUUCCUCCACCUCUACAAAAAAAAGGUUUAUUGAAACCCAUUUCUAAUCACAAUGAACUGAAAAAAUCCCCGCUUUAACAGGGGAACAGUAUAAAUACAUAGCGAAGCUUCGAACUUAUACACACAUGGUGUAAAAUUUUUUAGAGGUGUGUCCAAGACCAGACCUUUAAUCGCAUCUCAGCGAAUUUGAAAGAAUAAUUUGAUUGCCUGAUGUAGGGUCAUGUGUUGAGAUUGUGUUGGUGAUAUACGAAAAAAAUCAACGCAACCUUCGACCCCUAUUACUUCCCUAUCGCCUGAACAACGUCCAAUCACAUGUGAAAUGAGCGGUCAGAAAUCUGUUGUCGAAUCCAUGAUGAUGUGGCAGCCGAAAUUAUUUUCACAAUUAUAUUUUUCACCAACUAAAGCCAGCACUGAUCUGUAAAAAGAUCUCAUUUAGACCACUAGGGUUAAUUGUGCUAUGUAUUUGGAGUCGAAGAUAUUAUUUUAUGCGAUUCUUAUGGCACCUCUUCGCGAGUUUCUUGACAAGCUGUUCAGUGUUGUUUGUACGCAAUAUCCUGCAAGGACGAAGGCAAAGUAGGUGGCACAGUGGGGGUUUCAAAAUACCCCUAGCAUUCGCUUUGUUGCAUAAGUUACACGCAUCGCUCGGGACUAAUCCCAUUUUGGCUGCGUGAUGUGGGGUGAAGCGGUGUCCCGUCAGCACCACAACUAAUAUUUUGCAUCAAUCAGUAAUAAAAUAACGUUUGUAGUUUUCUUUUCCAAGUUCUUAGCAUAAAUUUGGCAGUUUUGUACGAGAUUGAGCGCUGGUAGAACCAAAGAUUGUUUGAAACCCUCCAAAUUUCUGUGAGGUCUUCGGCAGUCUAUGUUCCCCAUUCUGACCACAAACUGUAGUCCAAUAGGUUCAGAUCUAGACUUCCAGACGGUCAAUCUUCUGCGGCUAUGAACCCAGGAUUAUUGCUUUUUAGCCUCUGCUGCGUUUUUGCCUUAUGGGUUGGAGCGGAAUCUUGCUCGAAGAUUCGACGCUCUCCAUUGAAGAGAGUACUACUCAACUGCUUCACUACGCCUUCUGAGACAUCCUCCUGGUACACUUUUGCCCGGUUUUAACUCCUUCUUUUGCAGAAAUUAAGAGAUGUAACGUCUUUACAGAACACUCCCCGCCAAACCAUUACGGAGGCUGGAUGGUGGCCACGCAGAGCCCUUGGUACAACAUUUUUUGCGUCUUUAGACGUUUUUUCAUAGAUUUUGUCGUUUUGCUAAUUAAAAACUUCUUCAACAGUGAAAAUUUUCUCAUCUGUGGAAAAAAAUAUUUCCAUGGCCGUUGACCGCGUGUCACCGAAGAAACUGCCUGCAUCUGUCGAGCCUAAUUUUCUUCAAGCGCGUUUGCAAAAGAUUACCAGUUGAACGACGGAGGGCUUUCAAGUGGAGAUCUUCUAUGAAUAGUCUUGACAUGGACAUGGUUUUCUGCUUUCUAAGAGAAUUUCGACGAAUUCUUUCUCGAACGGCUUUUAUGGCUUUACUGGUGCGACCCACGCGAAGACAACCAAUUCUUUUUCUUGUAUUGGUUCUACCGUAAAUUAGUCGUGUAGUGACCGCCCGAGGAAACUAUCUGGAUUGGAUUUUCAAAGAACUGACAAAAUUCUAAAAGUUAAUGCUUAAAAAUUACCCGAACCUGCAGCAAGCACAUCAGAUAAAUGUGCCCGUCCAAAAGCAAUCCGGAGAACUUUGAACAAAAAUGCACACAAUGCACAGUAGAACAUCACGAACAUCAAAUCUCAUAAUUUCUGAAAAUAAAAAAAUAGAAAACUUCGUUGGGAAUUCGUCAAACCACAUAAAGAAAAGAAAAUGGAUUUGUGGCAAAAAGUUUGGUUACAGAUGAUUCAAAGUUUAAUGCAUUUAAAGGCGAUGGAAGAGAGGAAAAAAAUUCUGCAAUCUGAAUACUAAUCCGUAGAAUUUAAUUUCAACUGUCCAGCGCGGUGGCGACAGCGUAAUAAAUUGGGGAACAUAUGGAAUUGGAAUAACAAUAAUUGGUGGUAACAUGGAUCGUUAUAAAUAGAAUUCUUUGCUGGAAGCCUCGGUCGUUAAAUUGGAACUUGGCGCAGGUGAGAUCUUUCAACAAGGUAAUAAUCCAAAAGAUACGACACACCUUGUAAAGGAUGGACUGACAACAAGACAAUUAAACACAUCACCGCAAAGCCCAGAUUUAAAUAUUAUUGAACAUGAGUGGGAAAUAUUGCAGCGCAGUACAAUAGUGUGUCAAAAUAACAGUUAUAAAAGCGAACAUUCUUGUUGCUUCUAUGAAAGCCUAAUUGCUGGGAAGAUAUUGAGAAUUGUUCAGCAACACUUCGCGCUACAGCAACAAUAUUCUCAACAGAACGUUCAGUUUUUGAUCUUCUAACCCUUCAAUUGUCGACUCUUUCCGACGAUUAUUUUCACCGAAAAAUGAUAAAAAAAGGAACCGCCUACGAAGUAUUCACUUCUGACAUCUACAGUCACUUUUAAAAGACCCUUCACUUGUUGCUACGAAAAAUCCUUGCUCGCACAAUGCUUGAUCACGUAAUACUGUCUUCUUUUCUGGAUUGACGCUCGUGAAGAGGAAACGGUCAUGAGUUCUUCUAUAUCGGCAUUGCAGUACGCACGAUUUACAGCCUCACAGCUACACCUAAACACCUUUCCACAAUCUACCAAUCGCCUCGCAGAACUGCCAAGAAGGUAUUACCUCACGGGGCCGGUUAGGAGCGUUUGAACCUAGUUGUUGUGGACGCCUACGAAAUUCUGCACGUAUUAGAUCGCUACGAAUAUGUUUUACAUGCGCGCAAAUUCCCUUCCAGUUAUCAGCUGGUUUCAGCAUAAAAUGAAAACUAAUAGGACUAUGAAUAAGUUCGUUUCGGUUUUACAACAGAUGGCGUAACUUGAUUAUUAUUCCAUCGAUCCACAUUUCCAAACAUUCAUUGGAGAGCUACUGUCGUAAGGCACAAACGUCAGUAUAAGUUUUUUAUUUGAAGCGUAAACAACAAUAUUUUUACCACACUUGAAAAUGUCGAAUUUCGUGCCAAAUAAUGUGUUUUUGCGGGGAAUUCUUCUUCAUUAUUUUAAUAUGAAGAAAAAAGCAGCCGAAAGUCAUCGUAUCUUGGUGGAAGUUUAUGGUGAGCAUGCUCUAUCUGAGCGAACGUGCCAGAAGUGGUUUGCACGCUUUAAAAGUGGUGAUUUUGGCUUGGAAGACGAAGAACGCGAGGGUGCGCCGCCAAAGUUCAUGGAUACCGAAUUGGAGGAAUUGCUCGAUCAAGAUCCGGCUCAAACGCAAGAAGAGGUUGCAAAAACUUUGGGAGUUGAUCAAUCAACCAUUUCCAAACGUUUAAAAGCCAUGGGAAUGAUCCGAAAGGUAGGCCAUUGGGUGCCGUAUGAAUUGAAGCCAAGAGACGUUGAACGCCGUUUUAUGGCAUGCGAACAACUGCUUCAACGGCACAAAAGAAAGGGUUUUUUGCAUCGAGUUGUGACUGGCGAUGAAAAGUGGGUCCAUUACGACAAUCCAAAACGUCGGGCAACGUAUGGAUACCCUGGCCAUGCUUCAACAUCGACGUCGGCGCAGAAUAUUCAUGGCCUGAAGGUUAUGCUGUGUAUCUGGUGGGACCAGCUGGGUGUUGUGUAUUAUGAGCUACUGAAACCGAAUGAAACGAUUACGGGGGAUGUCUACCGACGACAAUUGAUGCGUUUG